UUUCAAUGCAGAGGUCGGGUGACGCCCCUCCCCUGCCUCUCCAGCAUCAGCACCUCCAAACCCGAGCGAGGCGAGCCCGCAGCAGGGGGAAGGAUGCUCUCCGGUCCGCCAGGUUCUCCAGCGAGAGGAAACAGUGCGACGAGAACCGAGACAGUCUGGUGCGACCGGGUAUAGUUACUGUUUUCUGCACGUUUAUGAUGCCUCGCUGCCUCCAUUCAUGAUGCACCAUUCAUGCAUCCACAAGAAUGGAAGCACACAGCAAGGAAAACAUUAAAAUAGCCCGCUUUAGCCCUGUUGGCUCGCCAUUAUUAGACUCAUCGUCGCUCAUUUGAUGUAGCUUCUUUUCAUGUAGGUCAAGGUGAUGAACAGCCGGAUUUUGUCUUUUGAGCGCGCCGCGCGAAUACAGGAAAAGCCAAGCAAACAAAAGGCAUCCAGCACCCCCUCCUCUGACGCACCUGGCUGCCCUGUCGCUGCUUGACAUGACAGCGCAGAGCCAGGCGCAGAGCAGCAGGAUCAAGGGGCACCGACGUGCAGCCGGACGUUUGGACUCGACGAGUAGCAGAGAAUCCUCCGGAGGCACGGCGGAGGAGGAGCAGCACCCCAGGGGAGGCCGGAUUGCAGUUUCUGGGGACGAGCGCCAAGGGCAGUGCGGCAGUCAGCAGGCAGACCGGGGGGAGGAGGCUGCGGAGAUCUGUGAUACUUCCCCCCCCAGGCCCCACUUUCUCCCUCUCAACUCCAUAUCAUCCUGAAAAUAUGCUUGUGGAUGUUUAUAUGUUUCAUCAAUGGUGACUGUGUCCUCCCCCCCCACACCCCCCCAUAUUUGUUUCUCUUCUGUUUUCCUUCCCAACCAAUCACUGAUCAUGGGCAAUUAAAGGAUUAGAUCUGCUCUUCAGGCAAGGGUGGAAUCUGAAGGGGACUGAUGUGCAUACUGGUCAGGAAACAUUUGCUCCCUUCUUCUCUGGUUUUGCUCAUUUUGCUCGUUGCCUGCACUAUGGGCUGUAUUCAGAGCAUUGCAUGCAAGCCCCGCAUCAAGCGGGAGAACAUUGUGGUGUAUGAGGUGUCAGCCUCCAUUGACCAGUGUCCCACCAUCAUCGAGGAGAACUCACCGAUUGUACUCCGCUACAAGACGCCGUACUUCAGGGCCUCAGCAGGUGUGGUGAUGCCACCGGUGCCCCGCAAUGAGACCUGGGUGGUUGGAUGGAUCCAAGCUUGUACUCAAAUGGAGUUUUACAAUACAUAUGGGGACAUUGGCAUGUCCAGCUGGGAGCUACCAGAGCUUCGAGAGGGUCGGGUCAAGGCCAUCAGCGACUCAGACGGUGUCAGCUACCCGUGGUACGGCAACACCACAGAGACUGUCACCUUGACCGGGCCAACGUCCAAACCGUCCCGUCUGACGGUCAGCAUGAAUGACAACUUCUACCCCAGCGUGACCUGGGCAGUGCCCAUCAGCAACAGUAACACGCCCAUGUUGACCCACAUCACCCGGGACCAGAGCUUCAUCACCUGGCUGGUAGCCAUGAACUCCGUCACCAAGGAGCGUAUCGUGUUGCAGACGGUGCGGUGGCGGAUGCGCGUGGACAUCGCCGUUGACCCCGACAUGCCUCUGGGCUCUCGGGCCUCGUUGGUGGGCCGUCCUUACCAGGAGCAGCCACACAUCCUCAACUACCAGGAGCCCAUCCCUCCCAACGCGCUGGGGAGACCCAACGCCAACGACGCCCAAGUGCUGAUGUGGAGGCCGAGGAGAGGGGCACCACUUGUGGUCAUACCUCCAAAAUAAGAGACUGAAAUGCUUGCACAGACAAAAGUAUUAUCGUUCCCUCUUGCAGCAAAGGGAGUCAUCAGGGUGAUAAAGUCACGAAGCCUAUCAGGGAAGAGAGAACUGAUGGUUUCCCUGAGCUCAGGAUGCCAGUGGCUCAUUAAUCCUGGAAGAUUUAAGAGGAACAUUAUCGCAAGCCAGAGUGAAUUUUACAUCUUGGGUCUGGCACAAUAUAGAGUCAGGGCCCCAGUUUCAUCAAGGCUUGUUUGGUCCUCGACCAGUUUUGUACUGCUUCAAAGAGUUCUGCCUGCUUUUUAGCGAAGAAGGAACGCUGAUCACGGAGGUAUCAGACCCAAACAAGAACUGCAUCCUGCAUCCUUAUGUAGAUCUUAUUGCAUGAGCCAGUGAGAGAGAGACAACAAACUGUCCUUGAGAAGUUGAAGAAUAGCAUUCGUUUUUAUAACUUGAUACCUGAAGACAUUUUGAUGGAAAAACCAGCCCCCCCCCCAAAAAAAGAAGAAAAAAACCCUGCAGGCUGGUUAAACCUCAUCAGUGCCAACAAAGGCCUUCCUCAGCACACUCAGUAAUUAUUGAAGGAUGUAUUCAGAACAUUUAAAAGAGACAGCAUAUUAUAUGAAUCUUUUUAGUUAAGAUUAACUUGUGCAUCUGUCAGAUUGUAUUAAGAGCACCCACCUUGCAUAAAAAUCAGGAAAAAAGAAAAA